GCGGCGCGCCAAAAAACAGAAAGAGCCGAGGAGCCUCUCGCUGCGCCCGCCUCCGAGCCGAGCGCUGAGCCCGGCCUCGGUGCCCUCGCCUCGGUGCGCUCUGCAGGUUAGCUUCGAAGACGCCGCUGCGCUCGGCAGCAGCCCGGAUCGCCGGAAAGCUGGCUCCCUGCGCCAUGGUCACCCACAGCAAGUUCCCCAGCGCCGGGAUGAGCCACCCGCUGGACACCAGCCUGCGCCUCAAGACUUUCAGCUCCAAGAGCGAGUACCAGCUGGUGGUGAACGCCGUGCGCAAGCUGCAGGAGAGCGGCUUCUACUGGAGCGCGGUGACCGGGGGGCAAGCCAACCUGCUGCUGAGCGCCGAGCCCACCGGCACCUUCCUCAUCCGGGACAGCUCCGACCAGCGCCACUUCUUCACCCUGAGCGUCAAGACCGAGUCCGGCACCAAGAACCUGCGGAUCCAGUGCGAAGGGGGCAAGUUCUCCCUCCAGAGCGACCCCCACAGCAGCCAGCCGGUGCCUCGCUUUGACUGCGUCCUCAAGCUGGUCCAUCACUACAUGCCCCUCCGGGAGCAGCAGCCCGGUGAGGCGUCCCACCCCAAGCGUGCCUACUACAUCUACUCAGGUGGAGAGAAGAUCCCGCUGGUGCUGAGCCGCCCCCUCUCCUCCAACGUGUCUACCCUGCAGCACCUGUGCCGCAAGACUGUCAACGGACACUUGAACGCCUACGAGAAGAUGACCCAGCUCCCAGGUCCCAUCAAAGAAUUCCUGGACCAGUAUGAUGCGCCCUUUUAAGUGGCUUCUUGAAGGGGUAGAAUGCGAGAUGCAAGCACAAAAGGAAACAAAGCAGGGCCGGAUGAACAAGGAGACUACAGGGCAAAAUCCAGCCUCCUCGCUUGUGGAAUAAGAGAGGGGAUGGGGUCCGGCCUGUGAGCCUCUGCCCAUCACAGAGACUGUCUUGCUGUUGCCAGUACCGGAAGGUUUGCCAGGGGGUGCUUUCUGGGAGAGAUGGAUGCUGCUGGACUAUGGAAUGGGCUGCUGCUCCUUCAUACAAUUGCCCUCGCCUGCUGCAGCCCAUGAAAGACUUUGGGGGCAUGCUGGGUGUGAGAAAAUGGUUUGCAACCUCCCUAACCAAUGGACAGUUUACAAUGAGCUUUUUUUUUGGCUCUGCACUGCCCCCCCCACCUCUUCUAACCUCUGACCAAAACCAUUCUGUAGACAAUGGAAUAAAUGCACUGGAAUCCAGCUAGUGCCUGAAGACUGAUCUCCUCAGUUUUAAGGGGAAAUCUUUUUUAAAAAACAAAUGCUUUACCUCUCUUAUCUACUUGAGGGGCAGAAUCUAUUUUCACCCCCAAGCCUGUUCCUUAAAGGAUGCCGCCACGCAUUCAUUCAAGGGUAUAAGCCGUAGAAUCGACAUCCUCUUCUUUCCCUUGGACUUACUGCACAUCACAUGGGGAGAAUGCCAUUCACUCUCUGGGCCGUUAUGAAAGCAAAGGAGGACACGCUUCUGAGAAAUUACAUCACUGCUUUGGAAACAUCAGAAUGGAUGAGAUCAGAAUGGAUCUAGCCGUUUUUCCCAAAGUGGUUGUUCCCCUCGAGCUUCUCUCCCCGGACUGAUAAUCCCUUGCCUUCAUUCUUGGAUUUCCAGUUCCUCAAAGAGUGGUCUCCCAUCUACAGCAAGGAUUGUGGAUCUGUUCGGGCCCUAAUCGCACUGAAUAACUGAAACAUACAGGAAUGUAGCAACAACUCAGUUACCUGGAACUCUUGUAUAAGUUUUGUUUUUGUUUUUUUGUUAAAAAAAACUGUAACCAAAAUUUUAUGUGUUCAUUUUAAUUUUUUUCCACAUCAGGGUUUUAGAAGGGCAGAUGAGGUUUUGUUUUUACAGAAAAGAAAUGUUUACAGACCUGCCUAAAAUCAUUCUGUCUUUUAUAAAGAUUCUACCCUUCAGCCUUGCAGGCUGUUAGACAUGCUUGAAGAUUCAACCAAAAAUCAAAUGCGGAAGAAAACUUUGCACAUCUAUUUAUAUUUAUAUUCAAGGGAUUUUGAAACAAAACAUUCAUUUAAUUUAUAAUA